AUGGGGUUCACGAGGUCAUUGCUGUGAGAGCUGUUCUGUUUCGUGUCGCUAAUUUAAAGAUUGUGUAUUCUACAGACAGAGCAGAACUUUGUGCUCUGUGUGGUGUGGAUGGAGACGCGGUCCUGCUAGUUUCAUAUACGGCUCGGAUUGCGACGCAGCCUCUAUUACAGAUGGACCUUGUGUUCAACCAUUAACUCUGCUGUAGCAGCAGUGUAAACUGUAAACAGUGUACAGUGGACAUACAUACCUUGAUGCGGUAUUUUUCAGCAAAAGUUUUGGAUACGUGCAUAUUUUUAUCAUACCAAUUACAGAAUCAUUGUGACUCCGUGGACCAGGCUACAGUUAAAUUUUACCCCUCGCGUACCCUGAGGAUGGCAUGCCGGCUCUUCACCAAGUGAUUUUGCGUACGGGGUAAAAGUGACGGUGGCAACCAAAGCGUUAAUUGCCUUAUUUCAACGUCGCGCUUUUUCGUGCUUAUACAUAUUUUCCAAUAUCUUAUUCGAUUUGUCGAUUUCGUGAUCUAGUGUUGAUUUGACGUCUCUUGGAGAAAUUGAAAUAAAAUGUAUUUUUAAAGAGGAGAUAGUUUGUUGGAGCUGUAUUUGCUGUUUAGCAAGGUAAUUUUUGAAUGUCAAGGUGAUCUGAGAAUUCAAGUUUUGAGUUAGAGGGAUACGUGAUGACAAGUGACAUGUCAGUAGUCUCGACAGGAACAAUCGGUUUACCUUUAAGAUUACGAUUGUAAUUCUUAUGAAUCUAGAAAGGAAGCAGUACAAUAGGACAUGUAAGGCCAGCAAAGGGAUUGGCAAAUUGAGUUGCCUUAAUUACAAGAAAGAGGAGCAAGAAGAGACUUUGGCCAUAUGCCGCCAGCCGGGCUAUCGGCAAGAGGCUUGUCUACCUUGAUGGACCACGGACAACCGGACCCUCGUCAUCGCAGCCAGCGAUAUUUGCUAUACGCAGAGAAUGGGUCCUCUCAGCCCCUUUGUCCGAACACGACCUUACUCUCCCCCAGGUCUCAACACAUCAGCAAAGUUCUCAGUCAUUCUAGCCAAUCUCACACAUACGGACGCACAUCGAGCACCAUGUCUGACUGCAGCGUAUCUGAUACUCACAGUGGGGGUACAGCAAGAACUAUUUCUCAACAAACUAGUUCUUCCCAUGGCACUCAUUCCUCAUCUCAGUCUCGCCAGGAAAACAGCACGAUUCUAUUUAGUGCCCAGUUCGAUUACAUCGCACAAGGGGAUGACGAGUUGUCAUUGCAAAGAGGAGAAACGGUUAAGGUCUUGUCCAAGGAUUCGAAGAUCUCUGGAGACGAAGGAUGGUGGACGGGAAAGAUUCGCGGAAAAGUGGGAAUUUUUCCUGCAAAUUUUGUUGUCGAGGCAGAAGCGAUUGACAGGGUAUCAUCGGUGAUUGAUAAUGUCCAUCCUGUUGAAAUUGACUUCGAAGAACUGCAAUUGGAAGAAGUUAUUGGAGUUGGCGGAUUUGGUAAAGUUUACAGGGGAUUUUGGCAAAAACAUGAAGUGGCUGUGAAAGCAGCUCGACAAGAUCCGGAUGAGGAGCCUGGUGUCACAUUGGAAAAUGUUCGUCAAGAGGCGAAGCUUUUUUGGCUGCUCAAACACGAGAACAUCGUACAGCUCGAAGGAGUUUGUUUAAAAAUGCCAAAUAUGUGUCUUGUUAUGGAAUAUGCUCGAGGGGGUAGUCUCAAUAGGAUUCUUAGUGGUAGAAAGAUCAGGCCGGAUGUACUUGUCGAUUGGUCAAUUCAGAUCGCUCGAGGGAUGGACUAUCUUCAUAAUAAAGCACCAAUCAGUCUGAUUCACAGGGAUUUGAAGAGUUCUAACGUGUUGCUAAGCGAGCCGAUAGAAAACGAUGAUCUCCAAUACAAAACACUGAAAAUAACGGAUUUUGGCUUGGCCAGAGAAGUCUACAAAACCACUCGUAUGUCGGCAGCUGGUACAUAUGCCUGGAUGGCGCCAGAGGUCAUUAAGAAAAGUACUUUCAGCAAAGCGAGUGACGUUUGGAGUUUUGGCGUUCUUUUGUGGGAGCUUUUGACUGGUGAAACGCCAUACAAAGGUAUAGAUGCUUUAGCAGUCGCAUACGGAGUUGCAGUGAAUAAACUCACCUUGCCAAUCCCAUCCACUUGCCCCCAACCUUGGAGGUUUCUCAUGGAAGCUUGCUGGGCUUCGGAUAGUCAUUGCAGACCAGAUUUCACUGAAAUUUUGCAAGCACUAGACGGAGUGAGAAGUGCUUUCGCUGCCACGCCACACGAAUCUUUUCAUACAAUGCAGGAAGAUUGGAGGCUUGAGAUCGAACAAGUUCUUCACGGACUGCGCAUGAAAGAAAAGGCAUGUCGAUCGUUAGAAGAGGAAUUGCGCUGUAGAGAAGAAGAAUUGACGAAGGCGCAGGUGCAGCAAAAACAACAUGAAGAACAUUUGAGACAAAGAGAAAAGGAAUUAGCCGCGCGUGAGAUUGACCUCUUGGAGAGAGAAUUAACUGUCAUGAUUAUUCAGCAGCAAACAACCCCAACUCCUAAUAAGAGGAGAGGGAAAUUUAAGAAAUCUCAAUUAAAAUCAAUUAAGAAGGAACCAGGAAGUAACAUCAGCGCACCUUCUGACUUUCGACAUACAAUCACAGUGCAGGACACAGCGCUAGACCGAGGAAAAAAUAGGAAUCCUUCUAGAUCCAAUAGUCCACCCGGAUCACCUAGCAUUCCACGACUUCGAGCAAUAGCGCUACCAGCAGAUGGCGUGAAGGGUAAAACCUGGGGACCAUCGACCCUCCACCAACGUGAGCGCGGAGCAAUAAUCUGUCAGCCACCGAAUCCGACUUCGCCAGGUGACAAGCGAUGGUCACGCUCCGCUCCUGACCUUGAAAAGACUCCUCUGCGAAAUGCGUUGCUCGCAACCGCGCAUCGCUCUCCGCUUCUUCAAGAAAUAGGUAACCCUAACUCCAGAAAAUUGUAUUCCUCCGCCAAUAACAUAACUGAUAAUCAGCCGAUUAAAACUGUCUCUGACGUUCAACAAAAUGUCGAUUAUAUCAUGCUAAACGUAGAGGAUCUAGAGAAAGAGCUAGAGACAGUCGAUGAUUCAAAAGAAUCUGACCAACCUAAAGAAAUUAAUCAUUCAAGACUCGCUUCCCGUAAAAAAGGUUAUAGCGAAGAUUCUACUAAUUUUGUACAAAGUGUCGCUUCUACUCUAGUUGGACCUGGGAAACGAGUUAAGAAACGUGACAGAAGCAAAUCCAAGGAAUCCACACGUAGAGACAGUUCAGAAUCACGUCUUAAUUCCCUCGCAGACUUUUUUCGAUCACCCUCUGGUUCUCGAAAAAGCUCAUUAAAUUCCUCUCAUAGUAUAGAAAGGAAGAGUUCUAUCAUAGUUAGAGUCAAUGGCGUUGAUGGCAUUGAAUCAAGUCCGGAAAAUUCUGUAGGUAAAAAGUGCUUUCAUAAAUCUCGUGGUUCGAAAAGUCCUUUGAGGAUGUUCAGUAAAAUAAAGGCCUGGGGUAGCAGAGAUGCUCUUGAUGAUAGGGUUUCUGGCAAGUUUGAAUAUAGCGCUCUUAAGAACAGCGUCAUCCCUCAAAAGCUUGAGAACUUCGAGUCAGAUUCAUGUACUUUUACCCCCACGUUUCUUAUUGCUAAUUCCCGAGAAGGUGUAGAUUUCGAAAGCCUUGAGGCCGCAUUGUGUAUCCUUGAUGCCGAGCAUUCCAAUGAUGGUUCGAAAUCAAAAAACUCGUUUAAUCUAGAUCAAAGAUUUCAACCAGGUUCUUCACAUCAAGGUUCUUUACAGAACUCAUGUACGUGGUCAAAUGAUGAAGAACUGCAAUUUACUCAUUGUUCCGACGAUAAACCUCUUUUGAAUCAAAACUUUAAAAGCAGCGAUAAUUUGUGUAAUUAUGAAAUGUUUGCGAAUCCUUCCUCGAGAAGGCUAGAUGUAGUUCAUGAUUUUGAUCGAAAGAGUACAAGAUCUGUCAAAUUCAAUAACGAAAAACUUGAUAAGUCAUUGAAGAGUCCGAAUUUUUCGCAGCGUAGUUCCGAGGGCAGUAAUUCAACUUCGCCUAAUUUUCACAAUGCACAGAAGUUUUUUAGAAAGAACAAUGAUUAAGAGUUUCCUUAUCUAGUUGUUGACAAAUUGUGGGGUUUUACGAUUUUUUUGCACCAUAAGGUGUUUUAACAAUUUUUUAGUUUGUAACGACUGAACGUUUCUUCAUAGCAGGCCUAUCCGAGGAAAACAUCCGCUCCACUCGUAAGUUAUGUGCAUAGACAUUGCUGUGUAGUUAGUAACGUUGUCGCGAGUAAUACAUUUAUUUACUCACUUCAUCUCGGCAAUUUCCUUACGGGCCUCACAGUUGAUUUAUUAGUAUUUUAAUUCACCUUGAUAAAUAUUCCAUAUUUUAUUUAAUGCAAUAUUAAUGUUUUGUUGUUAAAUACAAUUUUGGAAACGUAGAGGACAAUGAUGAGAAAAUAAGUUUUAUUAACUUGAAGAAUCAAAGAAAAAUACACUUUCUUCUCUUAAAGCUUCAAAUUAGUUCUUUAUAAAUAUUUUUUUGUUUUUCUCUCCAUUAUUUUUUUCCUAAAAUUUUACAAAUUGGGAUGGAAGAUCAUUAAAAUAAAAUUGUUGUUUAAAAACAUUUAAAAAUUCCUAAAGAAUUAAAGCUAAAACCCUUUUUUUAAAUUUAAGAUGGACAUCACUAUCAACGAAAGUUGAUUGCACGCCUGUUUUUUCGAGUUGCACAAGUGCAAUAAAAAUUUGUACCAUAGAGCUCAAACUCUUAUGUCCAAAAUAGUUAGAAAUAACUAUUCUGAGACAUAACAGUGCUAAGAAAUUUACAGUUUCCUUAUUUCUUUUUUGAAUAAUACAUUUUAACAGCAAACACGUAUUUUACUUAUUGUUAAACAAAUAAAAUCAUAAUUCAUUUUUUUUACCUACUGGAAACCGGGAUCAUUAUAGAUCAAGCUGGAUAAUUAUCGAUCAACUAGCUUUUAUUUAUUUUUUGUGGCUAUGGUGAGUUUCUCAAAAGUUUACACUAAGUCAAUGUUUAGUGUGAAGUUUGCUAUAUAUUGAACUAUAAUUGCCAAGCUUUUACAUUUCACCAAGAAGACAGAAAAAAAUUCAGAGAGUGGUGAUUAUCCAGAUUAGAAAUAUAGACCUAACUUUGAUUGUUCAUUACUUUGAAGAAUAAUUUGUUGUUGAAUGACAUUUGCAGGAUGUCUUCAAAAGACUUAAGAACAUCUAAAUUCAGUACAAAAAAAAUGGUUCAACAUUUUCCGAUUCUUGGGUAAACUGCGAUCUGAAAAAUUCAAUGCAAGUCACUAAUUUUGGCAAAAACUGUACAUUUCCGAUUUUUAGAAGAUAAAAAAAUUCUCUUUUCACUCGAAGGCUCGUAAACAGGGCAGAUUAUCACAGAUUAUGCUGUUUAGAAUAUAUUAGACAAUAUAAAGAGAAUCUAGACAAAAAGAAGAUCGAAAAAAAUGCUGGGGUUUUGAGUAAAUUGACUGAAUAUUUUCAGAAAUGCCGCCAUUUUGUCAAUUUCAAACUCUUGAAAUUUUUUAACAGAUUUCGGACGGGGGCAAGAAAUUCUAUUAGAAUCACGAAAUAUCUAUUUUGAAUCGUCAUUUUAAACAAAUUUGUUUAGAAGCUGUUCAAAAUGUUUUAUCUUAAUUAUAUUUGAAAGCGUUACUUUUUCAUCAGAAAUGCAGUAAAAAAAGUGAGAAAGAAAUGUUCAUACAUAAAAAAAAAUAAUUUUGCCAAGAGCAAAGACUUUGGAGGACUCAACUCCGUUGACUGUAACCAAAUAUUAAAAUAAAUUACAAUUAAAAAGGAAUGCUAUUAAAUGCUAUGCAAUUCAGGUGAUUUAGUAAGACGUUAAUCAGGCUUGAGGUUAGGCCCCUUUUUAAGCCGUAGCUUUAGUUAUUGCUUAUCAUUUUGGGUUACUAUAUAAUAAUAUAUUUUUUUUACUUCGUCUUUUACAUUAAAAAGCUAUCCUAUUAUUAAAUUAGUCAUUUAAAAAAAUAUGUCGUAUUGUCAACGAAUAACAUUCUGCGAAAAAGUUAGUGAUCGGAAUUUUCACUAACCUUUUCCGCAAGAAUGGUUUGCAAAGUCCACAUUUAUAAUUUCAUAAUUAUUCUUUUUUUUUAAUUUACUUAAGUUUUCAUGCUAAAUGUUUCCUACAUAACCAAAAAGUUUUAAUGAUACGUAAAUGCUAUUUCAAUCAACAAAAAUGUCAAAUUUUGACAAACUUCUUUCACUAGUAUUAUUAUAUUCUUUUUGCGUGACAUACAUUCGAAGGACGUCUGAAUUAUCAGGCCUAUAGGUUGAAGUUGGCUGUGGCUCACUGUCACUUAUAUGAACAAUUAUAUUAUUAAUAACUUUAUAUGUAAUUUUGAGUACAGGUUUUUCUUUUAGAAAAACAGAACAUUCCUAAAAUGUUAUUUAUCCAGACGAAUAUUCUCUAAUAUUGAUUAGAGAAUUUGUUAAUAAUAUAAAGAUUCCAAACAGCAUUUAAUUUUGACUAGUAAAAUUUUUCAUUGAUUCUUUCCAAGUCUGUAUUCAUGUGACUAUACAGGUUGCAAUAAAAAUUCAUUUUUGUACUAAUAGAUAUUGCAUUAUUUGAAGAUAUUGUAAGGAAAAUGAUAAAACUUUAUUGGUAUAGUUUUUGUCUUUAAUUU